UAAUGGGGCAAGCAAGCUGUUGAGUUAGUGGAAGAGAUAAGAAGUAUUUUGAAGACAUUGUAGCAAAAGUUAGGACAAGGUUCAAGAAAUAUGGUUCCAAAGAUGAUUUUGAACACAGGAGUACUUCUUCGAAGAAGACCAUAAUUGGCAUGAACAAACUGUUCCGUCCUUCUUCGAUUCCAAGAGCUUCAACUGAAGAAACAAAGGACACAAAACUUCGAUUGCACCAAUUUUUAGAUGCUGAGCCUAAGAAAAGCCGUAAAAGAAGCUACAGCUUCGGCUCUAACUCUCCUGAUGAGGAACAAAAGCAUACCUUUAACUGAGGGUUCCCUGAAGAAAUCUCAUCAAAAGUUAGUGAAGAAGAGAUAUACGAUUUCACAGAUCUUGACGAUAUUGAUCCAAGCCUGAAAUAACUAUUUUGAAUUGAAUGUGAGCCCGACUUAUAAUAAAGGCUGAAAUAACUUUAAUACUGACUAUGUGGUAAAACUCAUCAAGUUAUGAAGACGCCUCGAGGACAAGGAAGCUAAAGGAAGCCACCAGGAUAAUGAAUGCUUAAUGGAAGUACAUUCUGGGUAUUUACCCAGCACAGAAGAUAUACUUUUGCGCCAAUCUAAGAUCAAAGUUGUAUCUGUUGGAACUACACUUACUAAUGCAUAUCCCUUUGAGAUGGUAGUCACUGCACUUAAUGAUAUCCAUAAAAGACCUGAAUGGGAUGAGACUAUUGAUGGUCUGCAAGUUUUCCAAAAUUUUGCAACUAAUGGGUUUAUCUACCGUACAAGGUUCGCUCCAGUAACUAAAGUAACCCUACCAGAAGAUUCGAUCGAGAAAUAAGGUAAUCUUCAGAUGUAGCGAAGAAGACAAAAAGAUCCUAGGCUACAGAAGGAAAUAAACACAAAGAUCAUAAAGCUAAUGAUGUGAUCAUCAGCUUCACGAGUACAAUCCCCAAUGAAAUCUUCCCUGAAGACCCAAAUUAUAUCCGGUUGUGUAACUUUUUCGAAAUAAUGAUUUUCCGGGAACUCCCAGAUGGCUCUACUCGAAUCCAAACAUUCUCACACUGUGAUCCUUGACCUGUGAAGGGGAACAAAAUUGUGAUGAAAUUCCAGGAGGAUUUAUUUGAGAAGAAAAUAGUGAAAGAGCCCAAAAGAAUUUACAACUCCUUGAGAGAUUAUCUGGAUCGACAAGUGCCUAAUAUUUAAUUAACUUAACUAACAUUCCAUCUACAA